GAAUCGGCCUGUCCUGCUGUUAGGGUUUUAAGAGCUGGACAUGCUAUAUCCGACCGUUGUUGAUUUCAAUCUUGUUACUCAUCGAUUAUCGCGCAAUACAGUUAAAGGAAGUAGGCAAGGGGAUCACGAUGCAUCUUUGUAUUCCAUGUGAUCGAUUUUUCGGCAGCGAAUCUGCAUUGGAACAGCACCAACGGGAUGCAGUUGUGCAUGCAGAAACCUUCAGAUGUGAGACUUGCGAUUGCGGGUACAGCAGCGUGAAAGGACUCGAACAGCACCUGAAGGACUCACCCGCGCAUACGGAGACGUUUGAUUGCAAAACUUGUAAACGCUCUUUUAGCAGCGAAAAAGCACUUGGACAGCACCUGGAGGAUGCGCCUGUCCAUGCGGAGACCUUCAAUUGCAAACCAUGUAAUCGCUCUUUUGGCACCAAGCAAGCGCUAGAACAACACAGCCGCGAUUCACCAAACCAUCGAGAAAACCCAGAAAUCCCGGGAGUACUUUCCUUGGAAACUAUUUCAUCGCUCCGAGAUCGCUCGUCUCUGACGCCAAUCGCCCGUGUGCGCGAACACAAGAGUCAGCGAAGUCAUCAGGCCACCUCAGACCACGCCCAGGACGUGACUUCCAUGCCGAAUAAGCCAACGCUGAUACUCAAGGAAUCCCUUCGAGCCUUUGCUUCGCCUGAUCAAGAUCCGAGCACCACACAAUUCAAGGGGAACAGGGCGAGCAAGCCUGAGCGGCUACAUGAGAAAAAGACGUCUUUCAUGUUUCCCGCACUCCACCAGAGUGUUGCGGAUGCAGUCGCGCCGGAGAUUGCCUCGACAUGGUUCUACGAAAACGACAGCGACGACAAUCUGGAGCACGAAUACCAAACCAGCGUCAUGGGAAAGUUUACGUGCACUUCCAAGGCCUGUAGAACACAGCAAUGGAAUAGCAAAGUGGUAGCAAUCUUGAUAAGGGGAUAUGCUCGGAAUGGGUACAGUGCUGUUGUGUUCAAUCAGAGAUGCAGAGCUUGCGACCGGCUGGGAACCUUCACGCUCGAUGAGACCUCGUAUGUUGAGCGAAUUGCAUACAGGCUAAGAGUGUGGGCAGACGUACCGGUUGUACAGACAGUCUACGUCUUCAUGAAACGCCUGCCACAUGAAUCGGAGUUUUGCGAAGGCUGUAAGAGAGGCGUUUGUCGGCAGAACCCUGUCUCUGCAGCGUACUCGACGAAGCGAGGGCAGUUCCGCGAGCGUUAGCUCGAAUCCAUGGCCAUACCAAGCUUUUCGUAAAGAGCAGCCUCGAAAACGAAGAUAUUGUAGGAAUCAUCAAACGCUUACAUAGACAACUUGUGCUAAAAGUCGAGCAAGCCAAAAACUGUCGCUUUAUAAAACUAAAGCGAUAUGAUUGUCUUAAGAAUGCCAAGUCACUAAACUGCUCGAAAUAUGAGAUUUAUUAGAGAUGAAUUCUGAAUGUUGAAACCGCGCAGAGACUGCCGAC